GUUUACAUUUAUAUUACUGUUAUAACGAUUAUAAUUGCCGUAUUUAUUAAUAGAAGAAUAAUAACAUUUUGAAUUGUAUGUAAUCAAUCAAAAGUAACUUAAAACGAAAAGUAUACUAAUGACAGACUUCAGUUUAUAAUUUGGAGAUCUUUAACUCAUCCCCUCCUAGCAGACCGAAUAUGCAAAUUUGGUUUCGGGCCGGUUUACAAGGAACGUGAGACUGUAUAAAUAUAUACUCUAUUUGUGUAUAUAUUAUCUAUUAUCUCCACAAAUCCACGAUUUUACGAUAGACUCGAAUGUUGUGUAAGUCAGGACCACGUGCUAGGUAACAGAAAACAUAUCCGACACGAGUAUAACUGAUGCGGCAACGGGACAAUUUAUCAUGUCGGUAAACACGUGCGUUAUUGUUUCGUUGCUUGCGGAAUGACCACGGAGCUUAUUCACAAAGAAAUAUGCUAUUGAACGUGGACGGGAAAGUUCCUCAAUGUUCUGUCGUUAUAGCGAGUAAACUUGAGAAAUGAACAAGCUAAGCCUCUAUAUACCGCCUAACUUGGAUCUGGAGGAUCCGAGGUUUAAGAUUAAACCGUAUCAGCAGGUCGUUGCUUCCUGUACCGGUGCUUUCAUCACGUCAUUUUUUGUUACUCCUUUAGAUGUGGUGAAGAUUAGACUUCAAGCUCAGCAGAAGGCGAUGCUUUCUAACAAAUGUUUUCUUUAUUGCAACGGUCUGAUGGAUCACUUAUGCCCAUGUCCUAAUGGCAAAGGUCCGGUGUGGGCCAAGGGAAACGGAAAGUUCAAAGGCACAGUGGAUGCUUUUGUGAAAAUUAGUAGAAGAGAAGGGAUUCUUUCGCUAUGGAGUGGUCUGAGUCCUACUCUCGUUCUAGCAGUACCUGCAACUAUAGCAUACUUCGUUUCGUAUGAACAGUUAAAAGCAUACUUUAAGGAUACAUAUAAUAAUAGGUUCAGAAGAGUUAAAACAGUCGCCCAGGAACAGCCGUUCUGGAUUCCGAUGGUGGCCGGUGCUUCGGCACGUAUUUGGGCAGCGACUUUAGUGAGCCCGUUAGAAUUAAUUAGAACGAAAAUGCAAUCUCAAAGAUUAAGUUACGCAGAAAUUAUGCAGGCAUUGAAAACUGUUGUAAAAUACGGCGGUAUCCCUGGUUUAUGGAUGGGAUUAGGUAGUACUCUAUUACGUGACGUGCCGUUCAGUGCGAUCUACUGGUUGCACUACGAGACGAUAAAAAAGAAAUUCAGCGGGACGCAGCAGACUUUUACUUUUAAUCUUACAGCAGGCGCUAUAGCAGGCUCUAUAGCUGCAUUUUUAACACUCCCAUUCGACGUAGUGAAAACGCAUAAACAGAUUGAAAUGGGUGAGAAAGAAAUUUAUUCAGACAAACCGGGACGCAGCAGUACGACUUGGAAUACAAUACGAAAGAUUUACUCGCAAAACGGAGUGAAGGGACUGUACACAGGACUCAUCCCUCGUGUGAUCAAAGUGGCCCCGGCUUGCGCCAUCAUGAUCGCCACGUUCGAACACGGGAAACGGUUUUUUACCCUCUACAACGCUAGUCAAGUGGUACAAUACGAGAGUGACGUGCAGCUUCUAAAACACAAACAGAACAGCUCCGAAUGACAGGCUAUGAUACAUUAUAUUUAAAGACGAAUAAAUUUUAUUGAAAACUUUAA